CGAGGUGGUAGUGAUACGGUGCGAGGAUUCUGCCCGAUUCUGGCGUUGCUCGCGAGGAAGGCAAAAUUACGAAGAGAAACGUUCUAUGAACGGCAAGGGCCAAAAGGACCCUGGAGAAGACCUCACUUCCAGGGUAGGAGCUGAGAGCCCUUGCAGCGACAUGAAGCGUGCAGCUGUCAAGAAAUUAAUUGAACGUUAUUUUUACCAACUUACCGAUGGAUGUGGAAACCCCUGGUGUGACAAUCAGAAUUGUGCUUCCAGUGGAAAAGUGACAAACCUAACACCGGAUCAGGCAGCGGCACAGGCCAUUCAGCUGUUCUCUCAAGAAGCACGACUAUGCGAUGGUACGCAGCCCAGUAAAGUCGCCAGGACCACCCUGGAACCUGGACCGGUAUCUUUAGCUAAGAGUCUUCCAUCGAAAAGUGUAAAUGCCACCGGUGCAAUCGAAGAGAAACCAGUGCCAUAUCUCACCGAAGCGAAGCUUCUGGACAUAAUAGAGAGAUGUAAAUCGGAAGGCUCAUAUUCUCUCCUGAUCCGGACACUGGGCGAGGUCUUCUCAACAGCGGACAACCUGAGCUGUAGUUUCCAAAAGAGCGAGAAAACCGACUCACCCCUCGCUGCACUGCUCGACAGAGCUCCGGACUCCCUUCUACGUCCCCCAGGUGACCUGAGCAAAGAAGCCGUACGGUCUCUUCAGGGUGAGGACAAAGAAGAGGAUAGCAGCGACCCAUCACCCACCGUUCCUCACCCUGAUGACUCCAGUGUCGACUUACCAGCCGUUCGGAGAGCGUUUGCUGCUCUCUGGUCGUUACCAGGAGAAGCCUUCGAGUCGGCGCUCAUCCACGCCCUAGUCUCUUUGGCGGAUAGUAUAGAGUUGGACUUGAGGGUCUUUAGCGCAGCCCGAUACGACAGUAUCGACAGUCUCCUGAAUGUGUUCCUCAUCGUCUUCGAGAUCCCCGCCUUGGGGAACAGCGAGUACCUGGAGCUGGCACUUCACAUGCUAUGUAAGGCCGUGGCCUGUCUGCCGAUCGCGGCUCAAGCCAAGAUGGCUCGGAUUUGGGCGAGGCAUUGUAAAUCGCGGCUUCCGAGCCUCCUCCAAGCUCUUCAGGAACUCAUCACCGUCAAGGUAAUCUCGGGUUCCUUCACUCGAGACUAUUGCGUCCAGGACGCAGAGACCAUCACGGCUCCCACGAAGGUGAUGAAGAUCGUCUACUACGCGAGUAUAUUGGCAGGCGAGCUGGAUAGUUUGGAGAGCUCCCGAGAUGAAGACGACGACAUGGCCAACCUGGACAAGUCGAGUCACAGGAACACCUCCUCGCAGAAUCUGCAGGAUCCCCUGGCUGAGCUGCUGGGCAUCUGCAUGCUGGACGCCAGGAAACCGGAGAUUUCGUUCAACGACUUCUACAACGAGCCCCUAAGCGACAUCGUCGAGAUGGACAAGGACUUCGCCUACUACAAGAGCGAGGACCCGAAGAAGUUCAGCUUCAUGAAUUACGCGUUCAUCCUGACCCCGGCGACGAAGACGUUGGGUCUCUAUUACGAUAAUCGCAUCCGCAUGUAUAACGAAAGAAGGAUGAGCUUCCUGCAGACUGUCGUGGGUCAGCCUACGAAUCCCUUCCUGAGGCUAAAGAUUAGGAGGGAUCACCUGAUAGACGACGCCCUGGUCGAGCUGGAAAUGGUGGCCAUGGAGAAUCCUACCGAUCUCAAGAAGCAGCUAGUCGUGGAGUUCGAGGGAGAGCAAGGGGUAGACGAAGGCGGCGUGUCCAAGGAGUUCUUCCAGCUGGUCGUGGAGGAGAUAUUUAACCCGGACUAUGGAAUGUUCACGACGCAGGAGGAGACCCAGACCACGUGGUUCAACCCUACGUCCUUCGAGAGCGACGCCCAGUUCACCCUGAUAGGCGUCGUCCUCGGUCUGGCUAUCUACAACAAUGUGAUCCUCGACGUGCGUUUCCCCAUGGUGGUCUACAGGAAACUUCUGGGGAGGAAGGGUGGCUUCGCCGACCUCGAGGACUGGAGCCCGACUCUGUACAGAAGUAUGAUGGAAAUGAUGAAUUAUAUCGGGGACGACAUGCCCGAUACUUUUAUGCAAACCUUUCGCGUCGGUUACAAAGACGUCUUCGGCUCGGUACUCUUCCACGAGCUCAGGGAAAACGGGGACGAAAUGUACGUCACCCAGGAGAAUAAGAUGGAGUUCGCCGAUCUCUAUGCCGAUUUUUUGCUGAACCGCUCCGUUGAGAGGCAGUUCAGGGCCUUCCGGAGAGGUUUCCAGAUGGUCACCGACGAGAGUCCCCUGGCUCUGCUUUUUCGGCCCGAAGAGAUCGAGCAGCUGGUGUGCGGCAGCAAGGUCUUCGACUUCGCCGAAUUGGAGGCCGCCACCGAGUACGAGGGCGGCUACACGGUCGACAGCGAGACCGUUCGCAAUUUCUGGCAGGUCGCUCACUCGCUUUCUCCCGAAAGCCAGAGGAAACUCCUCCAGUUCACCACCGGAAGUGACAGAGUUCCUGUAGGCGGUCUGUCGAGGCUCAAGAUGGUCAUCGCGCGACAUGGGUCCGACUCCGACAGAUUGCCGAUAGCGCACACGUGCUUCAACGUCCUGCUCCUGCCGGACUACAGCUCGCUGGAGAAGCUGCAAGAUCGCCUCCUUAAGGCGAUCAACUACUCCAAGGGAUUCGGCAUGCUAUGAACGCCACCUUCGGGGAAGACUCCGAACUACAUCGCGCCCCCCCUUUGCUCCCGUCCCCCGAAAUCUAUUUAUUUCUAAUCUCGAACAUUUGUGCUAGCAAAUACCGGUAGUGUGUGCGAAUUUAGAAAUGGUUGAUACACCUCGAUGGUCGAUUAACGGUCGAUUGGAGCGCGGUUUGACGUUUCCUACGCGACCGGGAAAAUCCGCGGCCAUGUUGGGCAGCUCCUCCCCCGGAGUAACUUAUGGAAGCGUCGCGGUGGUUUCUUUAUUUGCUUCCAUUCCAACGGUAAAUUGCCUUCGGUAAAUCUGUCGAUCGAGCGUGGAAGCUUCCUAGUUUAUAUUUUCCUUUCAAUUUCUUUCCUUUCCACGUGUUUACGACGACUCAGUUUAUUCGUUUCUUACGUCCGACCGAAGUUUCGAAAUUGGCACGCGCGCUCGAUGUAUUAUGGCGAGGCGAAUGCUCCAAAGACAAGUGAGACGCGCGACUGUGAUGCGAGUGAGAAUGCCGAGGAAUCGGGUAGAGAUAAUAUUGUAGAAAUAAUAUAGUAAAUAGCGUAACAGAGCACGAGACGAAUUAUAAUGCCGCGAACGCCGAGAAUAACCCUCGACGGACUACAAAUGGCGGAGAGGGAGAGAAAGAGAGAGAGAGAGAGAGGGAGAGAAAGGUGAAACCGGGAUGCACAGAUUUUGUAAAGUAAAGCGUCCUCGACCGAGACUCUUGCGUAUCCUCGUUUUAAUUCGUUUUACACUACUAUUACCUCGAUACGUGGUCGGUUCUGAGCAUACAAGAAAUUUGUAUAAACGUUUGUAAUUAGCGACUUUUCUAAAAAGGCGCGCUACACUCCGAUAUCUUAGUUGUGUGACAAUAAAGUACCGUCAAAAAGA